AUGGCCGAUGAGGACCCCCGCCGCUUGUCGCUCUCCCGCACUAGGAGUCGCCCAUCCGGCUCCGAAAACUUAGAGCGCGUCUACUCGGCUCAACACCUCGACGACCACAGCAUCUACCGUGCUGCUGAUGAAUCGGCCCAGGACUACCCAUCAACUCACCGCCCCGGUACCUCUUCUCACCGCACUCCCGAUGACUCUGACUCCGAGAAAAAGGGCAACGACCAAGACGACGAUGGAAGUAUCGAGAUCCCGGAAGUUCGAGAUGGUAUUCCCGACGUGAGGGACGUCGAGAAGGGUGAAUUCGCCAAAGAACAGGCUAAAGAAUCCGCUCCUCCAAAAGACCCUAAUGUUGUCAGCUGGGAAGGGCCUGAAGAUCCCGCCAAUCCGAAGAACUGGUCCCUCCGUCGCAAGUGGGCUGCUUGUCUGGUUGUCUCCUCUUUCACCUUCAUCUCGCCCGUCUCCUCAUCCAUGGUCGCACCGGCUCUACCUGCUAUCGCGAAGGAGCUCGGCGUCAACCAGGAAAUCGAAGAGGCUCUCAUGCUGUCGCUUUUCGUUCUCGCAUACGCCGUUGGCCCUCUAAUUCUCGGGCCCCUCUCGGAGGUUUACGGUCGAGUCCUCGUUUUGCAGCUUGCGAACGCAUUUUACCUGGCAUGGAACAUCGGAUGCGGUUUUGCGCAGACCAAGGGCCAAAUGAUGGCUUUCCGAUUCCUCUCUGGCCUCGGAGGCUCCGCGCCCUUGGCCAUUGGCGGUGGUACCCUUUCAGACAUGUUCUUGCCCGAGCAGCGUGGAAAGGCCAUCAGUGUAUACAGUCUGGCGCCUCUCAUCGGACCCGCAGCCGGCCCUAUCGCUGGCGGCUUCAUUGCCGAGAACACAACCUGGCGAUGGGUCUUCUGGGCAACUUCCAUUGUGGACGCCGUCAUUCAAGUGUUCGGCUUCUUCUACCUCCAAGAGACGUACGCGCCCGUCCUGCUGAAGUGGAAGGCUGCGCGGCUGCGCAAGGAGACGGGCAACGAGGCCCUGCGCUCCGAGUUCGAUUCGGACAAGACCAUCUCCAAGGUGCUGGGCAUCGCUCUCAUCCGGCCCUUCCGCCUGCUCUUCACGCAACCCAUCAUCCAGUUCCUGGCCGUGUACAUGGCCUUCCUGUACGGCCUCAUGUACCUCGUCCUCUCCACCUUCCCCUCGCUCUGGACCACCACCUACGGCGAAUCCGUCGGCAUCGGCGGCCUCAACUACAUCUCGCUGGCCGUCGGCUUCUUCAUCGGCGUGCAGGUCGCGGCGCGCCUCAACGACAAGAUCUACGUGCGCUUCAAGCACCGUAACGGCGGCGUCGGCCUGCCCGAGUUCCGCGUCCCGCUCAUGGUGCCCGGCGCGCUGCUAGUGCCCGUCGGCCUGUUCUGGUACGGCUGGAGCGCCCAGGCCCAGGUCCACUGGAUCAUGCCCAACAUCGGCGCCGCCAUCUUCGCCGCCGGCGUCAUCGUCGCCUUCCAGUGCAUCCAGACGUACCUCGUCGACGCCUACACGCGCUUCGCCGCCAGCGCCAUCAGCGCCGCCACCGUCCUGCGUAGCUUGGCCGGCUUCGGCUUCCCGCUCUUUGCACCGUACAUGUACCAGGCCCUCGGUGACGGCUGGGGGAACACUUUGCUCGGCCUCGUUGGUAUCGUGCUGGGUCUGCCUGCGCCGUUGGUGCUGUGGAAGUAUGGCAAGGCGCUGAGGGCGAAGAGCCAAUUUGCUGCAGGUGGUUAA